AUGAGCAUAAAAACAGAGGCAGCCACGUAUACCCACGGCCAUCAUGCGUCGGUGUUGCGAUCGCACACCUGGCGCACAGCUCUCAACUCGGCAGGUUUCCUGUUGCCUCACAUCAAGCCUCACAUGACCAUACUGGACAUCGGCUGUGGCCCGGGAACAAUCACCGUUGAUCUGGCCGGCCAUGUGCCCGAGGGUCGGGUGAUUGGCUUGGAGCGUGCUGCCAAAGUGUUGGAACAAGCGCGAGCCCUCGCCGCGGACAAGGGUGUUGAGAACAUCGAGUUCACAGAGGGCGAUGCCAACUCGCUAAGCUACCCGGACGACACGUUCGACAUUGUAUUCUGCCAUCAGGUUCUUCAGCAUGUCAAGGAUCCGGUGGGAAUUCUACGGGAGAUGCGACGAGUGGCCAAGCCCGGCGGCAUCGUGGCAGCCCGCGAAUCAGACUAUGGAGCAUUCACCUGGUACCCUGAGGUGGCAGGAAUGAAGGAGUGGCAAUCGCUGUAUAGGAAGCUGGCCGCUCAUAACGGAGGCGAGCCGGAUGCGGGCAGAAUGGUACAUGUCUGGGCGAAGCAGGCAGGGUUUGCGGCGGACUCAAUCACAUCCACCGUGAGUUCGUGGUGCUACAGCACCGGCGAAGAAGUGGCAUGGUGGAGUGGACUAUGGGCAGAGCGAACAGUGGCUUCAUCGUUCGCGGACACCGCGAUUGAGUCCGGUAUAGCUACCAGGGACCAGCUGGCAGAGGUUGCCGAGACUUGGCGGCGUUGGGGAAACGAAGACGAUGCAUGGUUCUCAGUACCGAGUGGUGAAGUUUUGUGCAUAAAGUAG